UGUAAAUAACUUGACAUGCUGAGAGAAGCGGACUGGUGAGGGAGAGUGGGCAGCAAAACACCUUUCAGGAGGAACUGCUGGGAUCAGUUUUAGAGGAACCACCAGGAAUCUGCUGCAUUCCAAAGGAAUGUAUGCCUAGUGUUCUCGUUCUCCCAGUCUGUAUUCCUGCUGGGGCUGUAUUCCUACAGAAGAGAAGCCUGAGCCUGAUGCCUAUUAGUGCCACAACUUCUCCUGCUGUUCUCAGAACUCAGGCUCCACUGCUGGGCAGAUUUGCGAGGAGCCUGCAGCAAAAGCCAUGGCUCCCCUACAGCAGAGGAUUUUGAUCAAAGGGGGGAGAGUGGUGAAUGAUGACUACUCGCAGUUGGCUGAUGUGUAUGUGGAGGAUGGAAUAGUGCGGGCAGUGGGACCACACCUGCAUCUUGGGGCACCUGCUGGGCUCCGAGUUAUAGAUGCUUGCAACAGACUGGUGCUGCCUGGGGGGAUUGAUCCCCACACACACAUGCAGUUCCCCUUCAUGGGCACCCAGUCCAAAGAUGACUUCUACCAGGGAACAAAGGCUGCUCUAGCAGGAGGCACCACUAUGAUCAUCGACUUUGCAAUACCUCAGAAAGGCUGUUCCCUUGUUGAAGCCUAUGACACAUGGAGGAGCUGGGCAGAUCCUAAAGUCUGCUGUGAUUAUGCACUGCAUGUGGCAGUUACAUGGUGGAGCAGCAAGGUCAAGGAAGAAAUGAGAAUUCUUGCUGAAGACAAAGGGGUCAACUCCUUCAAGAUGUUUAUGGCCUAUAAAGAUCUGUAUAUGGUUGAAGAUAGUGAACUAUAUGCAGCUUUUUCCCAGUGUAAGCAAAUUGGAGCGAUUGCUCAGGUCCAUGCAGAGAAUGGGGAUUUGAUUGCAGAGGGUGCAAAGAAGAUGUUAGCACUGGGGAUAACUGGCCCUGAGGGACAUGCACUGUGUCGUCCUGAAGAGGUGGAAGCAGAAGCCACAGGGAGAGCAAUCACCAUAGCAAACUCAGUGAACUGCCCUCUUUAUGUAGUUCAUGUAAUGAGCAAAUCUGCAGCGAAGGUGAUAGCUAAUGCACGAAGAGAAGGGAAGGUAGUAUAUGGGGAACCUAUUGCUGCUAGUCUUGGUACAGAUGGCACUCACUACUGGCAUAAAGAAUGGCAUCACGCCGCAGGACAUGUCAUGGGACCUCCACUGAGGCCAGACCCUUCAACACCUGAUUUCCUCAUGAACUUAUUGGCCAAUGAUGACCUAACUGUGACAGGGACUGACAACUGCACCUUCGACAUCUGCCAGAAAGCUCUGGGGAAGGAUGAUUUCACCAAGAUCCCUAACGGGGUGAACGGUGUAGAGGACAGGAUGUCUGUCAUAUGGGAAAAAGGAGUGCACAGUGGUAAAAUGGAUGAAAACAGAUUUGUAGCUGUUACCAGCACAAAUGCAGCUAGAAUCUUUAACCUUUACCCGAGGAAGGGAAGAAUUGCUGUGGGUUCUGAUGCUGACAUCGUUAUUUGGGACCCAAAAGCUACAAGGACUAUAUCUGCAAAGACACAUCACCAUGCCAACAAUUUCAAUAUAUUUGAAGGAAUGAUCUGCCAUGGACUCCCGCUUGUGACAAUUUCAAGAGGCAAAGUGGUGUAUGAAGAUGGAGUUUUCAAUGUCACAGCAGGAGACGGAAAAUACAUUACACGUAAACCAUUCCCUGAAUAUGUCUACAAAAGAAUCAAGCAGCGGGAUGAGGUUUGCCAGCCUGUCCCUGUUGAGCGAGCACCAUAUGGAGAAGUGGGCUCAGUCCAGACCAGCAGGGGAGGAAAAUAGACGUAUCCCUAAAGUGUGGCUCUCCCAGAUAAAGCCAGAUGAAAAUUAUCCUGCUUGCCCCAUCUAAGCAAUGCAUUCUGGUGCCCGUCGUGAGCAAGUCCAGCAUUAACUUUUGAAGAGCCAAAAUUUACCAGCUGCAAAAAUAGGCACUACAGAUCUUAAUAUGCUUUAAUGAGUGAAUGUUGUCAUUCUAGUAAUUGCUUUAAAGGACUUUAGUUAAUUGAACCAAACAUUUAUAACAGCAGAGUAACACAAAAAAGCAAAGCUAUGUUAACACGACAGCUACUCUGCAAAGUCUUACUCUGACUGCUGGGAAGGUAUUUCUUCACAUUUUACUUUUUAAAAACAUCACGUAGUCUAGCAAAAUAAUAAGGCAAUACAUUUCUUUCUAGGGCUUAAACACAAGUUUUCUUUAUUCUUGCCCUAUAAAGCCACCAUAGAUUGUCUAAUUCUCUUGCUUCACAUGGUAGAGAGGAGUUCUGUGUUCACGAAUUCACAGAUUAAGGCCAGCAAGGGACCAUUAUAGUUGUCCGGUCUGACCUUCUGCACAACACAAGCCACAAAUUUCACCCAGUAGCUCCUGAAUCUAGUUCAACGGCUUGUGGUUGAAUUACAGCAUACCUUUUGGAAAGACACCCAAUCUUGCUAUCAAGUGCUGUACUUGGUUCCUCCUUCCUGGAAGAAAUUAAAUGCUGCCAGAGAUCAUUCUGAUCUAGUAGUGCCACCACUGUGCCAAAAGUGUAUGGUGGCCCUCCUGGAGCUCUAUUCCAACCAGUCUGGUCAGGUGCUUCUUUUAUCCCCUCUCCCAGGCUAAUCUAGGUGGUGAGAAAACUGGUGGUGAUUCUACAAAUCUGCCAGCAUUACCCAGCUGCACUAGCUCUGCACAGUGACACACACUACGCAUAGAGAAGCAUGGAUACAGGAUGCAAUAAAAGUUUAACAGGGCAACUUGGCCCAGAGUAUAUUAGCAAUAACUAGAGCUGAUUUUUAAAAAAGCUUCAAAAUUUAAUUUUUUUGCAAUACUUUCAAUUUUGCAGGUUUGAAACAGACCUAUUUUUCAAUGUUUUUUUAUUCAAAAUCAUUGUUGAAUUUUCUUAUGGACCAAAAACUGGGUUUUUGACAAAGGAAAUGUUAACAAAAGUCAGUGAUUCCUGGAGUCUGUUCCUUUA